GAAAACGAAGUUCAACAAAGUGCUGGGCAGUACAACACACUAUUGGCUUGUGUGGUGUAUGUUAGGAAAAUGAAUGGAAGAGACACAAGGUUAUUUAUCAAUCCAGAUAAUGUAGAUGCAUCAACUCUAUUGGAUUGGUUUGUCUGUGAUAAUUUUGCCAAGAGGAAGAUGAAGUGGUUUAAUAAUUGUGGACUAUCAAUAAAUCGGGCAUUGUCGACUUCAAAUGCAAUCUGGACUACUAUAGCGAGCUACAACUACAAACGAAAAAGAAAAGGAAAGCACUAUAGCAUCGUUGGGAGAUUAAUUGAUAUCGAUGUUGAUAGUUUUACAUGGUAUGAUGCUUGCACAUUUUGUGGACUUGAUAUACAACAUGUUAGUGAGCGUAUCAUUUGUAGUAAUUGUAACAAAGAAAAGCCUCCAACAACUAUUAGUGUUUCUGGAUAUAUGACUAUACUCGACUCUACCGGUAAAAUGCGUGUCAAGCUCUUUACAAAACAGAUUGAGUUUAUACUCUAUUCAACUAAAGCAAAAUUGAAGCAUAUGUUUGAUGCAGUACUAUAUGAUUUUAUGAACUUUACUCUUAUUGAUAACAUGACUAAAUUGAAAUAUAAUGUACGUUGUAAUUUUUCAGAUUAAUUAUGUUAUUUUGAUUUAUUUAUUGCAGGUGCAUGAUAGAGUUUUGCUACGAUCCGAGCUUCUUACACGUGUGCGCAAUGCAUAUAUUUUCGUGUUUCAUCCUCUUCAUCUAUCGGCUUAUAUAGUAGACUAUGUAACUUAUGUCAACUGGGCAGAAGAAUGUGCAUAUUUAUUUAAGUAAUUACUAUUUCAUCUUUCA